UCGGGGCUCAUGGCAAGAGAAAACCAGACCAACAGCUUUGAGUUUCUCCUCUGGGGACUGUCAGAGCGGCCAGAGCAGCAGCACAUCCUCUUCCUCGUGUUCCUGUGGAUGUAUGUGGUCACAGUGGCAGGCAACCUGCUCAUCGUCCUGGCCAUUUUCACUGAUGCUCGUCUCCAUACACCCAUGUACUACUUUCUUGCCAGCCUGUCCUGUGCAGACAUUCUUUUUACCUCCAGCACUGUGCCCAAGGCCCUGGUGAACAUCCAGACCCAGACUAGGUCCAUCUCCUAUGCAGGAUGCAUGGUCCAACUCUACUUCUUCUUGACUUUUGGGGAUAUGGACAUUUUCCUCUUGGCCACAAUGGCCUAUGACCGCUAUGUGGCCAUCUGCCACCCUCUCCACUACACAAUGAUCAUGAGCCCCCAGCGCUGCACCAUCUUAAUUACUGUCUGCUGGAGCCUUACUAACUUUGUGGCCAUGACCCACACCUUUCUCAUGUUUCGACUCUCCUUCUGCCCUAACAAAAUCAUUCCUGAUUUUUUCUGUGAUCUGGGUCCCCUGAUGAAGGUGUCUUGCUCUGACACUCAGGUCAAUGAGCUGGUUCUCCUUUUCUUGGGGGGAGCAGUUAUAUUAGUUCCUUUUGUACUGGUCCUGAUCUCUUACAUUCGCAUUGUUGCAGCUAUCCUCAGGGUGCCCUCUGCCCAGGGGAGGCGCAAAGCCUUCUCUACCUGUGGAUCCCAUCUUGCUGUUGUUGCUUUGUUCUUUGGGACAGUGAUCAGGGCUUAUCUGUGUCCCUCAUCUUCCACAAACUCAGUAGAAGAGGAUACAGCAGCUGCUGUCAUGUACACAGUUGUGACUCCCCUUUUAAAUCCCUUCAUCUACAGCCUAAGGAACAAGGAUAUGAAGGGAGCCUUGGGGAGACUUUUCAGGGGCAAAAUCUUCUUUAUGAAGGAUCAGUAA